CUGAGGAGCAUUAUGUGGAGAAUGUAAUUACUACAGAUUAAAAUCCUAAGUAAAAUGACGUUCCUAAUGCCAAACAGAGACCUUUGGAUAUCGUUAAAUUCAACAAAAGAAAAUAAAUUCAGACAUAUGAGACAUUGUGCGAGAGACCUAUAAGCCCACGGAUUAGAGUAAAUCCUGAGUGAAGACAUCAAAUGCCCGAAAAUCGUAGAUUGAAGUAAAGAAAACGAAAUUUACGACGAAUGAGGUUAUAGAUGAGUAAUAUAUUAAGGCAAAUAUAUCCUGAAGAAAUAUUCUAAAUGUGGUAUGGCCGAUUUAAAUUAUCACGAUGAAUACAGCCCACGGCGAGCUUUCCUUCUAAAAGAUGGAGUGAAGAAAAACAAGAAAGUAUUUGACAAAGGAAUUGGGUCAAACCCAAACAAUGGAUGUCCUGUGCAAAUGGUUGAUAUGCCAGAUGACGAAAACGUGUUCACCUCAAAUUCUCCGGAAACAAAGGGGACAGAGACAGGUGCAAAUAAUGUGCCCCAUCUCAUUUAUGGAAAUUAUCAUCGUCAUUCACAAAUUCCUAUUCAGGUCAAAAUAUAUAACUUUUUAGAACGACCAACGGGAUGGAAGUGUUUUGCCUAUCAUUUCACAGUAUUUAUGAUGGUAUUGAUCUGCCUUAUCAGUAGUGUUCUCUCAACAAUUGACGAAUAUGAAGAGUUCACAAACCUAUUCUGGAUGGAGAUUGUACUUGUAAUAUUCUUUGGUGUGGAAUAUCUGGUGAGGCUGUGGUCAGCCGGAUGUCGAAGCAAAUACAUGGGACUCAGGGGACGAAUAAGAUUUGCAACAAAACCCAUAUCAAUCAUAGAUCUGUCUGUAGUAGCAGCAUCAAUAGUUGUAUUUACCAUUGGAUCAGAAGGCCAAGUAUUCGCAACAUCAGCAAUAAGGGGUGUACGAUUUUUACAGAUAUUGCGUAUGCUACAUGUUGACCGACAAGGCGGCACCUGGCGGCUUCUUGGUUCUGUGAUAUAUUUGCAUAGACAGGAGCUCAUUACAACGUUAUAUAUUGGUUUCCUUGGUUUGAUAUUUUCAUCUUAUUUUGUUUACCUCGCCGAGAGAGAAGAGAACUCAAAAGAUUUCAAGAGCUAUGCAGACGCAUUAUGGUGGGGAGUGAUAACGGUGAUGACAAUAGGAUACGGUGAUAAAGUACCACAGACGUGGAUGGGGAAAAUUGUCGCAUCAUGUUUUGCUGUAUUUGCCAUUUCAUUUUUCGCGCUACCAGCAGGUAUACUAGGGUCGGGUUUUGCAUUAAAAGUUCAACAAAAGCAGAGACAAAAACAUUUCAACAGACAGAUACCGGCUGCAGCCACUCUUAUUCAGUGCCUAUGGCGUUGUCAUGCAGCGGAGCCUAACUCAAAGUCUGAGGCCACGUGGCGAUUACAUAUACAUGACACGAGCAAUGAUGAGACGGUGUUAUCACGUGUUGCACGCCGAGCUAGCUUAACGCUGAGGAAACGGCGUUUGUCAACGAGGUUUGAUGCUAGCUCAAUCAAUAGCCGAACAGCGAGAGACAGUGUGUCUUCGGUAAAUUGUGAAGACAAAAUAGGCACUCCGAGACCAAAUCGCCGAGACAGUUUUUGGAGUCACCGACCCAGUAUUAUAGGAUUCAACUUCGGAGGCAAAGAUAACGACAAUGACUCCGACUUUGAAAAUGAAGAACCAGAAAAAGUUGUUGUGGAUUAUAAGGAAAUCAUUCGUACGUUACAGCCAGCACCACCACCACCACCACCACCGCCACCGCCACCGCCACCGCCAGCGCCACCACCGGAUGUAUGA